AUGGAAGAAGAAAAUUUGAUAUGUAUCUAUUUUGUUCAUCUCACAGACGUAUGCAGAAUGUUCUGCGCUGAGGCCCCAAGCCGGGGUGUCCAUACGAAGGUGUCUCGUACCAGUGUGGAGAAGGACAAACUAACAAUUAAAGUCUACCUCAAAGUAGUUGAAGUUGUUCAUCAAGGAAAAUCAACUGAGAAUGAAAUUUUAGAUUACAAUGGUCUCCAGAUCCUUGCUUGUCAAGCUUAUUCAUUUGACAAGAUUUUCGCACAACACCCAGGCUUUGCACCAAAGAAGCACGGGGUGGACACAACCGCACACACGACUCUCCUCCUCGGCCUCAUCGAGACGCUGAGAAACUCUCCACAAAGCCUGUCUGCGACUGAACUAAGCAGGGCCCAAAAUGCUUCAAGCUCGACUGGUUGA